AUGCUGGCCGGCCGGAACUGGUCGGGCACCAACGAGGAGCAGGAGAAGCUGCGCAAGAGGAGUCUUCUGGCCGGUCGUCAAGAGCAGUUCUACCGAGUGCUGAUGGGCCACGUGACGAAGCAGACGGUGCCGCUGGAACGAGACGCCAUGUUGGACGGACUCGCCGAAGGGUCUGCAGCUCGACUGCGUCUACAGAGCUGCUCGACAGUGUGCAGAGACGAAAUGGCGACGGCGACGGCGACGGCGACGGCGAAUAUUGCGAGGAAUGAGACAAACUGGACCAACGCCUGGGACUCGACAUCGUCGAGGCUGGCGGUGGAGAUUGGCGAGAUGACUCGACUGGAUCGGCUCAACCAAUCGCUGUUGCUGGGCGCCAGUUUGGUCGGCAACCUGUCGGGUCGUCUGUCCGGCGGUCUGUGGUUGCCGCCGGUGGACGGCGACGACGUG